AUGAACUUAAGGUUGCACGUAUUUUUCAGCCAGUUCUUGUGGCUUGUGUCCGUGUUGAAGGGGAAAAGUCUUCAAGGCAUACCGGGCUAUGGCAGGAAUUUGCUGAUCAAAACAAUACCCGCUGUAGAAGAUUACCAGAGCAAUGUUUACGAAGUAUUCAUGGAGCCCUACUUAUAUGGACCACAGCCAAUUCCCGGAAUCCAAGCCAUAGUUCACCUUCAAGACGACGAAGAAUCUGGAGUGGAGGGAGAUUUAAUAUUCACACAGUUAGUUCCCAACGGACCCGUUUCUAUCCAGGGAAAUAUUACGGGAUUGUCUCCCGGCCUUCACGGACUACAUGUACACCAGACCGGCGAUAUUGAUGACAAUUGCAAAAAGAUUGGACCUCAUUUCAUUGCUUAUUACGGUCGUCACGGAGGUCCAAGGGACGCCGUCCGACAUGUUGGCGACCUCAGUAACAUAAAAGCCGAAGAGGGCGCCACUUUAGAUGUCAAAAUAGUUGACCACCUGAUAUCACUUACUGGUCCUAGGUCUAUAGUUGGACGGGCAAUAGCUAUAAGCAAAAGUGAAGAUGAUUAUGGAAGGUCCAGUACUGAAGACAGCGCCUUAACUGGUACUUCGGGUCCGGCUAUCGCUUGCGGCAUUAUUGGCUAUCUUAAUUAG